UAUCCAUGAUAAUGAUAUUAAGCUACAUUUUUGAAUAAACGGAAUAAAACAUUAAUACGAUUUGUGGCACGGUAUAGAAAACAAGGAUGUUUAAAUUUUCUAUUUAUGCCAUUUUAGCAGUCCGGGAAAUCAAUAUAUUUUAUAACAGUGAUGAAAAUGUGUUUGUUUCCAAAAGGACAUAACUUCUAAAAAAAAAUGCUUUAUUUUGUACAGAACAGUCUUGAAAAUCAAAAUAUUAAUGGAGUAAAAACAUUAAAAAAUUUAUUUUAAAGUUCAAAUUUUGAAAAUAUACACGUAUUAGGGCGUAAAUAUAACCUCAAAUUUGUCUACAAUACAGCUUAACUGAGACUUUUGUAUUUACUGCCUCUUCUAAUGUAUAUAAUGAGGUAAGAUUUCCAAUUAAAUGUGCAAAGUACAAUUGAGUACGAAGUAUAGAUACUCUUUAAAGACUAACUGAAUAUUUUAACACAAUGUCUUCUGAGGUUGAAAACUUGCAUCCUAUGUUCCAAGAUAUGUUAGAACGUUCGGACGGAUGGACAGACAAUAUAAAUGAGUCAAGUCUGGAUUAUAACUUUAUGACACGUCACCCGACAAUGUCCUGGGUGUUUCUGAUAUUUACAAGUCUAGCAGUGACUGCCGGGAAUAUAGGAAAUAUCAUGGUAAUCGGAGCUGUUAUAAGCUACAGACCACUUCUCCGGAACAAAGGUAGCAUGUUUGUAAUAAACCUGGCGAUUGCGGAUCUCUGUAUCACGGGGAUUGUAUGUCCUAUGAAUAUGAUAGGUGUAACAAAGGGCCCUCGUUUCUUCUUAGACAAAGUCCAAUUGUGUAAUCUGCUGGGAAGCAUUUGUACAGUAAGCUGUAUAGUGUCUAUGCUAUCAAUAGCAGCUGUCGCUGUAAAUCGAGCAAUACAAAUAUGCAAGCAUUUCUCUUACAAAAGAAUUUUCACACAGAAAAAGACAAUAUGUUAUUGUAUUGCCAUAUGGCUGUUUACUAUUUUACUUGAUCUACCAAAUUGGCUUGGAAUCGGGGGACAUACGUUCGCUCUCAAGGAAAUGGGAUGCACAUUUGAUCGAGUAGCAAAUUACUACUACUCCGUUUUCCUCGCAGUUGUGACGGUUGCCAUCCCAAUGGCGAUUGUUUUUACUUCAUACGUGACAACUCUUUGUUAUGUAAGGUCAAGUAGAGAAAAUUAUGUGAAGCAUUUUGGAAACCUGCCAAAACAAAGAAAGCAUGAUGAAAUACAAUUCAGUAUUACGUUAUUUAUAGCUUUUCUAGCAUUCGUAUUGUGCUGGAGCUUGUAUAUGCUUGCAGUUUUAAUUGAUAGACAUGACACGUGGCCGAAACAGGUUUAUGUUUUUGGGACAUUAUUCGGACAUAGUAACAGCUGUAUGAACCCGAUAAUUUAUGCCUCAUUUAAUGAACGAUUUCGUAGAGGAUACAAAGUGUUCUUGAGAAAACUCUGUUGCAGAAAGAUUGUCAAAGAGCCAUUUCUAAAAGACGCACACUUUACAAGUGGUUUUAAAACAUCUAAAAAUAGAACAUUUUCCGAGUUACGAACAGCCUCUACCAAGUCAAACGAGUCAUCGUCAGCCUCUUCUAAGUCAAAUGAGUCAGCAUCAACUAACAAGUCAAACGAGUUACCAGAAGCAUCAACGAGGUCAGACGAGUUACCACUAGCUUCUAUUAAGUCAAACGAAUUACCACCAGCCUGAACUGAAUCAAACAAUUGUGAUGCUAUUAUCUGGUAAUAGAAACUGUUUCAUUGCUCAGACGUGUAUGUUAAAUCCAUGCAUCAAUACGCAAAUGACGAGAAUUAUGCAAACAUACAUUUCACACAUUGUUUAUAAGUAUACAUGAAUAUCAUAGCAUAAUCGACGCAUCUGAAAAACGUAAACCAUUGUUUCUUCUUACUAUCCUAGUCAGAUUUACUAAUCACGUCAUUUUGCCUACAAAAUUGAUUAAUGGAGUGUUGAUGAUAGAAUGUUGUAUGUUGUUUUUGGUUUGUUACCAGAAAAAGAAGAAUGUGCAUGUACAAAGUAUCAAAAACUAUUUAAAUCCUAUUUCAGUCGUAAUCAUGUGCCAUCAAAUAACUUUUGUAUCGAAUGUGAAAUAUUUGAAAAUGUUUUUUUAUUGGAUUUUAUGAAAACUAGAAAAACUUUAAAAAAAACCCCGGCCAUUUAUAUGCACUAGAUUGUUCUUAAUUUUAUAUUAAUUUUACUUGUUAACUCAUACAUAUUUUUAUAUUUUUUCUAAUAAACAACUUUUUAUUUUGUUAAGAAAGGUAAUCGGUUCAUUAGACAUUAUCAGCAUUUCAUAAUUUAUGUAAGAGAGAUUUUAUAUAUAAGUAUUGCAGAUACUAGAAAAUAAAAGAAUAUAUACAUUC